AUGUCGAACUUCAUGGACCAGAACUUCGCAUCCGACGAGGAGGAGGAUGACUUCAACCCUGUCAACCAGGAUGAUUCUGAUGCCGAGGAAGUCGAUUCCAAGCCGGCGAAGAGGGAAACAUCAGCCGACGCCGCUCCCGAUGCGAAGUACGGACACGAUGCGCACGAGGAAGAGGAUACCAAGGAUGUCGAAGAGGAUGAAGAAAAUGACGAAGAGGAAGAAGACGAGGAGGAAGAUGAUGAGGACGACGAGGAUGAAGUGAGAAAUCCCCGGAAAAAGCAGAAGCGUGUCGUCAACCCUUUCAUUGAAGAUGAAGCCGGCGUCGACGAUGAAGAGGACGAGGGCGAUGACGAAGAGGACGAACUCGCCGAGUAUGGCAUGGAGACACACCCGGACGAUCUCGAUGCGUUACCCCAAGGCACGGAAACAGACGACCGACGCCAUAGGCAGCUCGAUCGCCAACGUGAGAUCGACGCAAGCAUGGACGCAGAGAAGCAGGCCCAGAUGCUCAAGGAACGAUAUGGACGAAACCGCGCUGCUGCCUCCGACUCUCUCGUUAUCCCUAAACGACUUUUGCUUCCUAGUGUUGAAGAUCCUAGCAUCUGGGGUGGUCGUUGCAAACCCGGAAAGGAGAAGGAAGUUGUAUACUCCAUUCAACAGAGAAUCGAACAACGCCCAGCAAACUCCCGCAACCCCAUGCGCAUUAUCUCGGCUUUCGAGCGCGGAAACAUCAUGCAGGGUUGGUUCUACUGCGAGGCCCGCAGACAGGCCGAUGUUAUUGAGGGCUUGGAUGCAAUCAACUUCUACUAUCCCUCCCAGAAGCUUACUCUGGUCCCGGUGAAGGAGAUGCCAGACCUUCUCCGUGUCCAGAAAUCCGAAGAACUUCUACCUGGUGGUUGGAUCCGCAUCAAGCGUGGUAAAUACCAAGGAGACUUGGCUCAGAUUGAAGAGGUUGAAACAAACGGUUUGAACGUUACCGUCCGGUUAGUUCCUCGUCUGGACUACGGAAUGAAUGAUGAUGCUCUCGGUGCUCCCGCUGAUGCUAAGCGAAAGCGCGGUGCCGCAAGCACUGUUCGUCCGCCUCAGCGUCUGUUCAGCGAAACAGAAGCCAAGAAGAAGCACGCAAAGUAUCUUUCGUCUACUUCUGGUCUCGGUGGCAAGUCAUGGAACUAUCUCAACGACAACUAUGUGGAUGGUUUCCUCAUUAAGGAUAUGCGCGUGCAGCAUCUGAGCGCGAAGAACGUCAACCCUAGAUUGGAGGAAGUUACCAUGUUUGCACGUGGAGGAGAGGAUGGAACUGCCAACCUGGAUUUAGCAUCCCUCGCAGAGACUCUGAAGAACUCCACAGCCGAGGACUCAUACCAGCCCGGCGACCCUGUGGAGGUCUACCGGGGUGAACAGCAGGGCCUGAUUGGUCGCACAGUGUCGACCCGAGGUGACAUUGUCUCAUUGCAAGUCACCGAGGGUGAUUUGGCCGGUCAGACUAUCGAUGCCCCUGUCCGAACUCUCCGCAAGCGCUUCCGGGAGGGUGACCAUGUCAAGGUCAUUGGUGGAAGCCGGUACCAGAACGAACUUGGUAUGGUCGUUCAGGUCAAGGAUGACACUGUCACUUUGCUCAGCGAUAUGAGUAUGCAAGAAAUUACCAUCUUCAGUAAGGAUCUGCGCCUCUCAGCCGAGAUGGCUGCCGAUGGCCAGCUUGGUAUUUACGACGUGCAUGACCUCGUCCAGCUUGAUGCUGCGACUGUGGCUUGCGUGAUCAAGGUUGACCGAGAGUCCCUUCGGGUUAUUGACCAGAACGGUUCCAUUCGGAAUAUCCUUCCCACACAGAUCGCCAACAAGAUCGUUCCUCGUCGUGACGCUGUCGCCACUGAUCGCAAUGGUGCGGAGAUCCGCGCUGCCGAUACCGUGCGGGAAGUUUACGGCGAGCAGCGAAGUGGUGUCAUCCGCCACAUCCACCGUUCAUUCCUUUUCCUGCACAACAAGGCGCAAGCCGAGAACGCAGGUAUCUCUGUGGUUCGAACAACUAACGUUGUUACCGUGUCAGCACGUGGUGGCCGGGCCACUGGUCCUGACCUGACGAAGAUGAACCCUGCAUUGGCGAUGCAAACACCCGGCGGCGGUGGUGCUGCCAUGCCCCCUCCACGCCGUGGCCGUGACCAGCUGAUUGGCAAGACUGUCACUAUCCGCAAGGGUCGUUUCAAGGGCCUAGUCGGUAUUGUCCGUGAUGCAGACGACAACUCCGCUCAAGUCGAGCUUUACACAUCUAACAAGCCUGUUCACAUCCCGCGAGAGCUGCUAACACCCAAAGAUCCUGUCUCCAAACAACCCCUCUCUAUGGGCCGUGGACGAGGCGGAGGUAUGGGAGCUCGCACUCCAUUUGGCUCUGGUGGUCCCCCCCGAGACAGCUGGUCUGGUGGUCGAACCCCGAUGGCUGGUGGCGACUCUUCUAGAACACCCGCAUGGGGCGGUGCCAACUCAUCGAGAACACCUGCAUGGGGCGGCGGCAGCGGCUCCCGCACACCAGCGUGGAAGAACGACGGCUCCCGCACAUCAAACCCCUACGCUGAUGGCAGCCGAACUGCCUAUGGCGGAAUCGGCAACCGCACACCCGCAUGGAACUCCGGAUCCAAGACUCCCUACGACUCUGGUUCCGGCUUCGACGCCUUUGCCUCCGGAUCCCGCACUCCCGCCUGGGGAGGCGCAGUCCCCAACACAAACACCGGCAACCGCACCCCAGCCUGGGGUGGACUCUCCAACAGCCGAGACCAGCGCGACUUCGAUGAUGCCCCCACACCCGGCGGUGGCUACUCUGCUCCUACUCCUGGUGCAUAUGAAGCGCCGACCCCUGGUGCCCCAACGCCUGGUGAUUGGCCUGACAGUGCUCCCACCCCUGGUGGAGCUUUCAGUGCACCAACUCCUGGUGCACAUGCGGCUUAUGAUGCCCCUACUCCGGCUAUGGGUGGCUCGGCUGCUACGCCUGGUGCUUAUGGUGGUAAUGACGGUGGUCCACGGUAUGACGAUAGCCCCAGUCCGUGA